CUUAGCACUUUCCAUCAGUUCCAACUCUACCCAAGUCCAUGCAGAGUUUGCAUGAGAUAAAAUGGCUUGGUGCGUGCACCAUUCAACAGCAGCGCAAUGAGGGCUUGACUUUAAGAUACUUUCCUUGAAACAAAGAUUGCCAGAUGAUUCAGAGCAUAAUAAUGCCUUGUCUCGGACUGUAGACUUGACUCUUAGCCAUCGAGCUCAAAACUUUGCGAAACACCUUGGAUAGACUGUUUGAGUGCGGUCUGCUCAGAGAAGUACCAGAGUCAUUGCCGGUUUGGGGUUCAUUUUAUGACCUAAAGUCUGGUUCUACAGUUCUAAAUAGGGCCGGUGAGAUAGCGCCGAAAUCGGUGCCUUGGGCAACCUGGGCAAGCGUCGAAUGUGCCGCAUUCAGGCCAUCUCGCAGGUGGAAGAUGUGCCAAAGUACGAUGAUGGUGAAACGGUUCUGGUCUUGAGGGACACUUUUCCCAAGAUCUGUAGAGACAGAUCCUAUUUGCAUGCUUUCCUGGAGCAGUGUGGAGAUGUGGAGUUGUGUUACCAGCGGAAUUGUCAAGGUGUGGUGACCAAAUCUAAAGCUUCUCUGCACAAGGUACAGAAACAGCUCCUGUUUUCCUGUCACGACGAUAGCAUCCUUGUGAUGGAUGAAAAUAUUCUGUCUUCAGGGACAGAAGCUCUUCUAGAAGACGCACCCAGUUACCUGAAAGAUGACUGGUUCAGGCAUUUCCCUCAAAUGCUUCGCCCGUCGCCGCUCUGCCUGAUCUUGGGUGGUGUUGGAGCAAGAUCAGAUUUGCAUGCAGAUCCGUUGUCCUGGACAGGUUGGAAUUGUCUGCUGGAAGGUUCGAAAACUUGGAGAUUCUAUUGCCACGAACCGGCAGAUUCACCGGCCUUUUCAGCGACCCGUCGCCCGUUUGGUAUCAAGUCUGGGCCACACGAGCUAUGCUCAAUUGGCACUGGCAUGGCAUCUCACGAGGAUACAUGGGCACUUGGCUGCCAAUUGAAGGCUUCAGAGCCUUUGGAAUACGUGCAAAGGCCUGGCGAGACCUUGAUUUUUCCCGGCCACUGGUGGCAUCAGACAUAUCACCUCACUGCUACUGUUGGGUUCGCUGGACAACUGCUGAACCAGCGCAACCUGCGACGUGUCAUGGAACAUGUGACUGACUGGUGCGGCAUGACAAUGGACAAAGGUUUGUGGGAGCUGCCCCAUGAGGAGGUCAUUGCACAUGUCUUGGCUGAGGCCAUCGACUCCAUGUAAGUCAAGGACUUCAGCACUGCAUCUUCUACCAGUCUCCAGGGAUCGUCCGAUCCACGAACGUGAGGCGAUUGUGAAGUCAUGAUGCGAGGCGAUCAUGAAAGAGCCAGUGAUUUUCGACAUGACUUGGCUGCCUUGCAAUGUGCAUAUCUGCUGCAUACAGCACGGUGGUGGCUCAUGUGCCUUUGGCUCAGGGCUCAAAAAGCCAC